AUUGUCAGGCUGGCACGCAGUUGUCAGUGCCACUCGCCCCCUUCUGCCUCUGUGCCCCUUCCCUCUUUCGCUUUUCCCUCCGGCCCUUGUGCCUUGGACAGGAAGCCCCGUGUGACAAACAAGGGAAGAAAAUCUGGUCCUCUCCCAGUGGUUGUCACAUGAAAGCACAACGCCAAGCUUCGUACUUGUCACUUUUGGGUCCCAGAUUGUGUGGGUGCGGGCGGGCCUGUCGUUUCGGCCGAGGGAGUCCUUGGUGACGGGAGUGUUCUCUAUGUGAGCGGGUCCCUGCGACGGAGGGCUGGGGGCACUGGCUGAGGGUCUGCACACGGGCUCCUCGGGGGGCAAGAGUGGCGGGUCUGGGUGGAGCACCUGUGCCUGGGGCAGCUCUCCCAACAGCCCAGGAGCAGACGCUUCUGAGCAUCACCCGAGCUAAGACAGGUAAAGCUGUCGGCACAGGGGCUUGGCAAUAGUUGUUGUGACCAGGAGAGGAGGUGCAGGGGCAGGGGAUAAGCUGUCCCCCACCCUGGGCUGCCAUGUGGGGCUCCUGGGGAUGGGGAGACGGGGGUGGCAAGGCAGGGGCUGGGGGUGAGCACUGAAGUUGCAGGUGUGAGUGUGGGGGUGGGGACACGAGGAGCCUUGGGGCUGGCCCUGGGGCACGGGGCUUGGCUGCGGCUCCCGUCGCUUCCACUCAUGAAUGGGAAACAGUGGGCCGUGCUGGUGAGGCGAGGACCAAGAGUUUAUAGCUACGCGGGAUGGUCUUCCUCACCCCUCAUCCCCAGGGCCCUCCUGGAGAGGGGGCCCACGAACAGCCCUCUCCGGCAGCUCAGGAUGCAGUCCCAGGGCAGGUCCCGUCCCUUUGACAGGAGACUAGGGCCCCCAGCACCCUGGGCUCGUGUUCGGCCUUGGGCAGGGUCCUCACCUGGCAAGGGCCUCAGUGUCCUCACUCACCAAAGGCCCAGGUCGCCAUCACUUGUCCCCCCAGCCUCUCUCCCAGAGACCUGUGGCGGGUGAGUCCAGGUCUGCUGGGGCCCUCUCUCCCCCAGCCCCAAACUCCACCCCCACCCCCUCCAGGGAGGCAGCCUCUCCCCCCAGGAGCACCUUGACCUUCCAGGAGCGGGAGUGAGGAGACAGGCUCAGGGCUGGCCCACCUUGCCUCUUUCUGGGGCCCUAGCAAGUCUGUGCCAGCUCUGGGCUUCCUCGGCCUCAGGCGUAAAAUGAGGGUCUUAAAAUCAGUGGUCUUCCAUUCCUUCAGGCUCUGGUUCCUUCUUCGGUGCUAAUGCAGGCAUUCAGGACAGUGGGACAGAGCGGAGCGGGAGGCAUUUAGCAAAGGAAGACCUCCCUGAGAGCUAUUUACAGCCUAGAAGGUGCCCCUGGCCCCCAGUGCCCUCAGGGCUGCCACCUGGAGCCCUGGCUUUGGGACUCUAGGGAGGUGGCAGAGAGGGUCUGGCACUCCUAGCUAAAGCUAUGACCUCUUGAGGGCCAGCAUUGCACACCCAUGUUACCCGUUCAGACUGAUGGGCUCGCUGGUCCCAUUUUCCAGAUGAGGAAACUGAGGUUCAGAGCAGCCGAGUAACUUGCCCAAGUUACAUGGUGGAUCUGGGACUUCAGUUCAGGACUGUAGGAUGCAGGGAGCUCCUUUUAAGGGAGGAAGGGAGAAGAACCCAGAGUCGGGGUGGGGUGACGGUGGGAGGGGGCGCAGGGCUCACUCUCCCUGGCUGAGAGAGGGAGUGUCUCCGGGAAGAGGCUGGCUCUGAAGCUGUUGAUCUCUAAAUUACAGCGUUGGCGCGCACCGGUUGCUGCGGCAACCGAGUUGUCCUGAACUGGGGGAAGUGUAUAAACAUUGCCACAGAUGCACAAUUAGAUCAGGAAGAAGAAUAGGACAGAAAAUAGAACUUCCAGCCUUACAUAAUUCUGGGCCAAAACGUUACCGGGAACCCAGACCCGGGCCCAGCCCUGCCAGCCGCCAGGGCGCUGGGCAGCAUCAUCUGCCUCCUGGGGCCCCCGCGGAAAGGAGGGGUGGAGGGAGGCUCUGCCCGCCACGGGCCCAGCUGGUGCGCCCGCCACCCGCCACCCGGUGGGGUGCGGGGCCGCCUCCACGGGCACAGCUGGGGAUGCUGACAGGCGACAACUGCCUCUCACCAGCUUCUCCCGCUCCCGGGAAGCGGGAAGGAAGGCAGGAGGGCGACUGGUUUCAAACAAGCACUUACUAUCUCCUCGGGUCCUGUGAGGUGGAGUUUUGAUCCUCAUUUUACAGAUGAGGAAACUGAGGCUCAGAGAGGUGAAGUGAGUUGUCCAAGGGGACAGAGCUCGACAGUGGAUGUGUCUGCCUCCCCGACUCGGGGUCCCCACACCAUGAACUCAUCAAUGUUGACAGCACCUGGGAGCUGAAGAGUUAGACACACCUGGGUUUGGACCCACUUACAAGUUGUGUGGCCUUGGGCCCUGCGUCUUCCCAGGUGACCACGCCGGCUUCAGGACAUGCACGGGCACAGCCGCAACGGGCAGGCCCACGUGCCCCGGCGGAAACGCCGCAACCGCUUUGUUAAGAAGAACGGCCAAUGCAACGUCUACUUCGCCAACCUGAGCAACAAGUCGCAGCGCUACAUGGCGGACAUCUUCACCACCUGCGUGGACACGCGCUGGCGCUACAUGCUCAUGAUCUUUUCCGCGGCCUUCCUUGUCUCCUGGCUCUUUUUUGGCCUCCUCUUCUGGUGCAUCGCCUUCUUCCAUGGUGACCUGGAGGCCAGCCCAGCGGUGGCUGCGGCCGGGGCCCCGGUGGGCAGCGGUGGGGCUGCCCCGGUGGCCCCCAAACCCUGCAUCAUGCACGUGAAUGGCUUCCUGGGUGCUUUCCUAUUCUCAGUGGAGACGCAGACAACCAUCGGUUAUGGGUUCCGGUGCGUGACGGAGGAGUGCCCGCUGGCGGUCAUCGCCGUGGUGGUCCAGUCCAUCGUGGGCUGUGUCAUUGACUCCUUCAUGAUCGGCACCAUCAUGGCCAAGAUGGCUCGGCCCAAGAAGCGGGCGCAGACGCUGCUGUUCAGCCACCAUGCGGUCAUCUCGGUGCGUGACGGCAAGCUCUGCCUGAUGUGGCGCGUGGGCAACCUGCGCAAGAGCCACAUCGUGGAGGCCCACGUGCGGGCCCAGCUCAUCAAGCCCUAUAUGACCCAGGAGGGCGAGUAUUUGCCGCUGGAUCAGCGGGACCUCAACGUGGGCUAUGACAUCGGCCUGGACCGCAUCUUCCUGGUGUCACCCAUCAUCAUCGUCCACGAGAUUGAUGAGGACAGCCCGCUCUACGGCAUGGGCAAAGAGGAGCUGGAGUCGGAGGACUUUGAGAUCGUGGUGAUUCUCGAAGGCAUGGUGGAGGCCACCGCCAUGACCACCCAGGCCCGCAGCUCCUACCUGGCCAGUGAGAUCCUGUGGGGCCACCGCUUUGAGCCCGUGGUCUUUGAGGAGAAGAGUCACUACAAGGUGGACUACUCGCGCUUCCACAAGACCUACGAGGUGGCCGGCACGCCCUGCUGUUCCGCCCGGGAGCUGCAGGAGAGCAAGAUCACCGUGCUGCCCGCCCCGCCGCCCCCGCCCAGUGCCUUCUGCUACGAGAACGAGCUGGCUCUCAUGAGCCAGGAGGAAGAGGAGAUGGAGGAGGAGGCAGCGGCCGCUGCCGCGGUGGCCGCGGGCCUGGGUCUGGAGGCGGGCUCCAAGGAGGAGGCGGGCAUCAUCCGAAUGCUGGAGUUUGGCAGCCACCUGGAUCUGGAGCGCAUGCAAGCCACCCUUCCGCUGGACAACAUCUCCUACCGCAGGGAGUCUGCCAUCUGACCUCCGGGCCCUGUGCUGACUGCUUCCCACAAGAGCCUCUGCUGGGGGUGGGACGCCAGGACACCCCUCCACACUCAGGACAGAGCUGACCCUGGUUCCCUGGACCUUCUGGAGGGAAGUGGGGGCUUCAAAGACUGGACUUCAAAGUCCCUUCCUACUGACUCCAGAGCCCAGGCCUGGGAAGGGCCAGGAUACCCUCCACCCUGUCAGCCCGGGUCCCCAGCACCUACCCACUGGUGGCUUGGGGACCCCAGACCCACCACCCUUUCCCCACUGACCCUUCAAGGACAUGCCCCCUUUGCUCUCAGAACCUUGGGGAAGGCGGCUGGACUGCUGGGGGGUGGGCAUCAUGGUGUUCUGGGGUGGGCAGGGGGUUCAUCUCAGGGGAGGGAGGGAGGGGGGUGCGUUUCUUUUGCAUGACUGUGGCCUGUUGCUCAUGACUUUCUUUUGUAAAUAUCUAUAAAUGGAGAGAGACGGAGGCACCAAACCCACCUUCCGCAUUUGUACCUGCAGGACGCGGGGAUGUGGCCCCUCUCUGUGCACCCCUCCUCCUCCCCCCGGCCCGGCAACCUAGCCCCUCCCCUGCCCCUGGCUGCUCCCCGGAGGCCCUCAAAGCCAGCCAUCUUGGCCCCUGGAUGGUGGUGGGUCUGAGCGCAGAGGCGGGACCCCAAGGGGCAGGAUGAGGGCCCAUCCCUUCCUGUGGUCCCUCUGGACCCCCAGGCCCAGCCCAGACUGACAAUGGAGUUUGUAACUAUAUAUUUUUAAUAAAGUAUAUGGUCCAUUA